AUGAACCGCUCGAGAACCCUCUCUAUUUUUCCACUCCUCGCCAACCCGCAAAAGUCAGACGGACAAGAUCCGCUCUUCUGGGCUCCUGAGAUGAGGAACGAGGCAAUGGUCAGGCUGCUUCUAAACAAGGGCGCGGCUGUAGACAAACCAGUCUAUGAGAAGCCGCCGAUUCUGUUCUGGGCAAGAAUAUUCGGGCAUGUGCCCAUCGUGCAACUACUCCUGGACAACGGAGCAGCUGCGACGAUCAAGGACAAGGACGGGAGAACUCCGCUGGAAUGGGCAGAGAUAAAGGGUCAUGCUGAAGCUGUGGGCUGA